GGGGGGGCCCGCUCCUGCUCCGGCCCCCAGCACCAGGGCCGCCUGCUUCUGCUGCAGCCCGGGGUGCUGCCCUGCACCCAUCCCCGGAGAGCGCUGCCUUGCACCGAGCCCCGCUGCACCCGUCCCGGGGGGGCUGUCCUGGCCCGAGGGUGGCUCAGCACCCAUCCCGGGGUGCUGUACGGGGGGGUGGGCUCAGCACCUAUCCCCGAGCUGGGCUGCCUUGUGCCUAGCCCCGCUGCACCCAUCCCGGGAGCUGCCCUGCGGCGGGCGGGCGGCCAGCACCCAUCCCGGGGGAGCGGGCUGCCUUGCACCUAUCCCCGGGGGCUGCACCGCAGGGGGGCUAUUCCAACACCUACCCCGGAGCGUGAGGGCUGCAUCGCACCCGGCCCCGCUAUCCCCAUCGUGGGGUCCGCGGCUGGCAGCUUCUCCCAUCGCCGGUGACCGGCUCCUGGCUCCCGCCUCGUUUUAUGGUCGUGGAGGGGGAGGAAAAAUCCCAAACCAGCUGCGUAAAUGAGUAUGGAAGAUUAUGAUUUCCUCUUCAAAAUUGUUUUAAUUGGCAACGCCGGUGUGGGGAAGACCUGCUUAGUCCGUCGCUUCACUCAGGGGCUUUUCCCACCGGGUCAAGGAGCCACCAUUGGGGUUGACUUCAUGAUCAAAACUGUGGAGAUAAACGGUGAAAAAGUAAAGCUGCAGAUCUGGGACACGGCGGGACAGGAGCGGUUCCGAUCCAUCACACAGAGUUACUAUCGCAGCGCCAACGCCUUGAUCCUCACCUACGACAUCACCUGCGAAGAAUCCUUCCGCUGCCUGCCCGAGUGGCUGCGGGAGAUCGAGCAGUACGCCAGCAACAAGGUCAUCACCGUGCUAGUGGGUAAUAAGAUUGAUUUAGCUGAUAAGAGGGAAGUCUCCCAGCAGAGAGCUGCCGAGUUUUCCGAAGCACAGGAUAUGUACUACCUGGAAACCUCAGCAAAAGAGUCAGAUAAUGUGGAAAAACUCUUCCUGGACUUGGCCUGUCGCUUGAUCAGCGAGGCACGACAGAACACCCUUGAGAACAAUGUCUCAUCCCCCUUACCAGGAGAGGGGAAAAGCAUCAGCUACUUGACUUGCUGUAAUUUUAACUGAGGAGCUGGCAUGGGAUUUCCUGUUCUGCCAUGGGCCAAGAGGGUUUGUUUAUUUUCCUUCCUUUUUUUUCUUUGCUGGGAUUUAUCUACUUGAAGCGAAUUAUUCCUGCCACUUCCCAAGUCAGGAUGCAGACCUGGAAGCAUGGCUCCAGCUGGAUGGCAACAUAGCAGAAUCUAUCACGGUUGAAGUUUCAUCUUUCUCGCAGUCUCUGGAGCAGGUUAGGAGCAGAAGAGUUGCACAAGUGCUUCAUGCGAUGCAGAACACGAGCUGCUGUGUUUCCUUCUGUGGGAGACUAGAGCAGCCUCUCCUGAAGAAGAUACUGAACAGUUGAACAUCUCCAUAUCAGAACAAUGUGUCUGGUCCUUUUUGAAUUGAAAUAAACCAACAAUGAACACUGACCCUGGACUACGCUGGCAGUCUUUGGGGCUGCCAGUGAGUGAGCUCUUAGGACAUGUACAUAGCGUCUGCCCAUGCGUCUCCGUGGAGGACUCCAGUGUUUGAAAUAGUGUUAUGUCUCUCAUCUACAGGCACUUUCAUGAACAUGGAACUAAAGGACAAGUUACAUAUAUCAACAUUUUCCAGAUGUAAGAAGACCUGGAUACAGCUCAGUUGCUCCCUUUGGUGCUAGCAGUUCAGCAAAUAUUCCAUAGGCCAAACGUAGUCUUACUACAUUGCUGUCCUCUGAAUGUGUAACUUAGACUGGUUAGGAAAAAACCCCACACUAAGAAGCACUGUUCAUAAAAAUAAAGCAAAUCUUGUUACCUCUUUUUCUAGGCCUAAAACGUAGUGGGAAAGGACUGUGCUGCUUUAAUGGCCAAUGCAGGAUGAAAAGACUUCUCCAGAAAUAAAAAUAAACCAGAAAAUUAA